AUGUAUUUAUCUUACCUCUUAGUCCAUCUUUUUUUCCAUAGUGGUCAAAGUACCACUUGCCCAAGAAGAUGCAGCUGUGACUCUGCCCAGUCAGUGCAAUGCUACCGAGCUACAGAGAUACCCAGAGAGAUUCCUCCCACCACCAGGAGACUCUACAUCAGUCACAGCAAAAUUAAACAACUCCAGAUUACUGACUUCAGGAAAAUGUCAGCCCUUGAAGACCUGGUCCUGUCAUGCAGUGGCACAGAUAAUAGAAAACAACAUUUCAAAGCUCUGAGCACCUUGAAGUCUCUGGAACUCUACAAAAUCAGCUAAAGCACAUACCCAUUCUUCCUUCCGUCUGGCCUUGAAAUUUUAAAACUUGCUGAUAACUCCAUCAACACUUUGCAUGCAUCUGAUUUUGAAGGUCUGAUGAAACUAAGUGCUGAUAUUCGGAACAACUUGAUUGCGACUCCCCCAAGUCCAUUUUCUUCUCUUUGCCGUUUACAAAGUCUGAAUCUGGAUGGCAACAACAUGAAAUCUGUGUAUGCACUUAAGCUUCCUAGGCUGAGGUAUCUGAGUAUGGCUGAUAAUAAGCUGAAUUUAUUCCCAACAAACUUCUUCACAUCUUUCCAUAAUCUCCAGUUUCUCAGUUUAAGUGGCAAUUUUCUGACAAAAGUGCCUCUUGACCUACCUAAUCCUGCUAACACUAAAUUAGAGAAAUAUCAACUCAAAACAGUAAGACUUCGAGACAUGAAGCACCUAGAAAACCUGUCUGAGUUCUUCCUGUCAGAAAAUCAGCUGACAUCAAUAGACGGUGGCCAGCUUCUUCCUAACUUGACAACACUGGAGCUCUCUAAGAACCAGCUCCCCAUUAUGCCACUCAGGCUUCUCAGGCUGCAGAAGCUCGACUGCAGCAAUAACUUGAUUCAAAGAGAUGACAGCCGAGAUUUCCAAGGACUUCAAGACCUCAAGCACUUGUUUCUUGACAACAAUGCUGUUAGCAUGUUUGAGGCAGGAGCUCUCCAGCAGUGUGUACAGCUUUCGAACCUGGCACUGGAAAAGAAUCUCCUCGUUUCUAUUCCGCUGAGACUUCCAGACAGCCUUGCCAGAUUGGAUCUAAAGGGAAAUGACAUAGAGGAUGUUGGAGAACAAGAGCUGAAGGACUUGAGACAGCUUCGUCUAAAUUUACGGAACAACAAGAUAUCUGCCUUGGAUCGCAAAGUCUUGGAGUUUUUACCCGUCUCCGUCAUCUGUACUUUAGAUGGAAACCCUUGGAACUGCACCUGUGACCUUCUCAGAACCAGACGAGCGCUGGUGGCCAAAGGGACAGAUGAGGGAGGGCAGUGUGUGGCGCCAGCAGAAAGCCGAGGAGAAAGUUGGAUGUCUUCCAAAAGAUUCUGCGGCCAGUGUGAAGAUCUGUCUUCCAUGGAAAGAGGCAAAGAGGAACAGAAAGAAAAUGAAACCCAGUGGGCCUCCAGUGCUGGAGUAAACACAGAUGAUGAUUACUAUGAUAUGAAUUAG